AUGGCGCUUGUUGCUGCGGGUUUUCGUACAGUGGUGCAGCGACGCUUUGGUAGCGCGCAAGCUGCAGCCGCUGCUGCAACAGAGUUCUUUUACGAACGAAACGGACCAGUCGACACAGUUCUAAAACGAAGAUCCAUCGAAGACUCAUCGUCGGGGAAGGCCCUGCCGCGGAACGCAGCUCGCGUCGAACUGCUCGCUUUUCCGCUGACGCCCUUUGAUGUCGCAGCGAUCGAGCGCGGCUAUCGAAGCACGGGAGUGGCGGGUGUUCAAGGCAUCGCCCGUGUUACAGCCGCGGCACCAGAGACCCCGUUCCAAGUGGGUGACCUGGUGUUGGCGUUGCCAGCGAUGCCUGGCACCUGGCGUGAUCACGCAACGGUGCCGAACGCGAGCGAAGCGUUCGUCGCUGUUCCCGCAACCUUGCGUCGUGCAAUCGAGGACAAAGUUCCCGGUAUGCUUGAAAGAGCGGCAACUUUACUAGGGGCACCUGCAAUGGCUUAUAGGCUUCUGGAGGAGCAUGGCAUCCAACCCGGUGAAACCAUCCUGCUGAACGAUGCCGAUGGUGCGGUGGGGCUCGCCCUGGUGCAGCUCGCCAACAUGCGCGGUAUCAAGACGGUUUCCCUUGUCGAUGAUGAGAUUCCCGAGGAUGAAUUACCACCUGAAGGCCAUGUCGAAUCCUAUGCGGUGGUCGCUGAGCGUAUUAAAGCACUCGGCAGCGAUGUUGUGGUCAGCAGCUCAUUUGCCCGUCAGACGGCCACUUUUCGUGAAUUAGUUUCUGAGCUUGCUGGUAAUCGUGGUAUGCCGCGUGUCGCUUUUAACGGAUCAGGUGGUGCUUCGGCAAGGCAAUUGAUAUCCUGUCUGCGACCGCAUGGAACCCUGGUGACGUACAGUGGUCGCCGCGCUACCCAGCCCUUGGUCAUUCCAACAAGCGCAUUCACUGAAUUUCAGCUGAAUCUGAAGGGAUUCAACCUCAUGCUCUGGCUCGAGAAUGCACCUCGAGACCAAGUCCAGGCUAUGGUUGAUGCGCUCGGGCAAGCGAUGACUCGCGGUGCGCUGACCGGCUGGCUCGAGCGAAAAAGCUUCGCAUCCCUCCAGAUCACCGACAUUGCCACGAUCCGAUCAGGGACCAGACCUCGCCAGUUGGUCGCUAUCACCGCAGCCGGGCAAUCACUGGUCCAGUUAGCUGGGCCCUGA